AUGGUGCUCCUGCUGCUUUUGGCAGCUCUGCUGCAAGAGCCCGUCUCCAGCAGCCUGCACGGCUCCAGGUUUUUGGCAGGGGCGCUGGGAGGCUCCAUCACCCACCAGUGCUUCUACUCCAGCACCCCGGCCAACAAACACCAGCGGAAAUAUUGGUGCAAGGUGGCAGCGAGCGGCACCUGCUACACCAUCAUCUCCAGCAGCUUCAUCUCCAGCCAGUACAGGGGCAGGGUGGCCCUGGGGGACACCCCCCAGAACGGCUCCUUCAGGGUGACAAUGACAGGGCUGAGCAGCAGCGACUCGGGCACCUACAGGUGUGGGAUUGGCAGCACCAACGAGGGGCUCCACGUCAGCCUCAACCUGACGGUUCUGCCAGAUGCCCCGGCGGCCAGGCCAGCCCAGCUGGUCCGAGGGGAGCUGCACGGCUCCGUCACAGUCCUGUGCCCCUCUGGGGACACCCAGAGCGGCCAGAAGAGGUUCUGGUGCAAAGUGGGCAGAAGCAGCUGCACUCUCGUGGCCAGCUCCGACGGCUUUGUGGGCAGGAGGUACCAAGGACGGGUCGUGAUCAGCCCUCAGGAGAGCUCUGGAGCUUUCAGAGUGCUGAUGAAUGACUUGAAGAAGGAGGAUUCGGGGCUGUAUCUGUGUGGGACACAAGGACUGAGGGGGCAGGAGAGCCCACAGGAGGUGGUUCUGCAGGUGGCCACAGCCUCCACCCUGCCCAGGAGACCCAAAUUCCUCAGCGGCACGGUCGGGGGCUCGGUGACCUUCCGGUGCCACCACGACCCCCGGGGCACCUACGAGCAGCAGUACCUGUGCAGGUGGGAGGCGGGGAGCUGCCCCCUGCUGCUGGACCUGCAGGGCUUCGUGCUGGAGUCCCACCGGGGCAGGAUCCAGAUGUCCAGCAGCGACCCCGGCAGCUCCACGGUGCUGCUGAGGCAGCUGAGGGAGGAGGAUGAAGGCUGGUACUGGUGUGGGGCCAGGAGUGGGGACUCUGAGCUCACGGCCCCCCUGAUGCUGCUGAUCCACAAGGAAACAUUCUCCUCACGAGACCCAGGAACGAGCCCCCCUGUGAGACCCACGGCACCAAAUCCUGCUGCCCACAGCACAGCCUGGCACAGGAGCCUGGCAGUGAUGGGCACUGUCCCCAAGGGCUCCACCAUGGGCACUGUCACCCAGGACAGCGUGGGCAGUGUCCCCAAGGGCACCUCGAUGGGCACUGUCACCCAGGACAGCGUGGGCAGUGUCCCCAAGGGCACCACCAUGGGCACUGUCACCCAGGACAGCGUGGGCAGUGUCCCCAAGGGCACCACCAUGGGCACUGUCACCCAGGACAGCGUGGGCAGUGUCCCCAAGGGCACCACCAUGGGCACUGUCACCCAGGACAGCGUGGGCAGUGUCCCCAAGGGCACCACCAUGGGCACUGUCACCCAGGACAGCGUGGGCAGUGUCCCCACGGGCACCUCGAUGGGCACUGUCACCCAGGACAGCAUGGGCACUGUCCCCAAGGGCUCUGACAGCGUGGGCAGUGUCCCCACGGGCACCUCGAUGGGCACUGUCACCCAGGACAGCGUGGGCAGUGUCCCCACGGGCACCUCGAUGGGCACUGUCACCCAGGACAGCGUGGGCAGUGUCCCCACGGGCACCUCGAUGGGCACUGUCACCCAGGACAGCGUGGGCAGUGUCCCCACGGGCACCUCGAUGGGCACUGUCACCCAGGACAGCGUGGGCAGUGUCCCCACGGGCACCUCGAUGGGCACUGUCACCCAGGACAGCGUGGGCAGUGUCCCCACGGGCACCUCGAUGGGCACUGUCACCCAGGACAGCGUGGGCAGUGUCCCCACGGGCACCUCGAUGGGCACUGUCACCCAGGACAGCGUGGGCAGUGUCCCCACGGGCACCUCGAUGGGCACUGUCACCCAGGACAGCCCUCCCCUGGGCAGAGCUCACCUGGCAGCUGUGCUGGCUGUUGCUCCUUUAAGGCAGCACAGGUGGAAUGCGGGGCUGGAGGUUCAGCACUAUUUAAACCAGGCUGGCACUGCCACACAGGACACUCACCGCAGGUCCCAGGUCCCUGAGAGGAAAAACAAGAAGUGCCAGGAGGAGGCUGAGUGGAAUGCAAGAAAAAUGACUUUACUGGCGUUCCUCUUCCUGCUCGCCUGGCUCCCAGCUGGGUCUGCAAGAGCCAGACACCUCCCCAAGGCAGCCAUCUCCAGCCCCGUGUUCGGCCCGCGGCAGGUGCGCGGCGUGCUGGGCGGCUCCGUGGCCGUGACAUGCUUCUACCCGCCCACGCCGGUGAACAGGCGCGGCAGGAAGUACUGGUGCAGGCAGGUGGGCUCCAGGUGCAGCACCGUGGUGAGCUCGGACUACGUGAGUCCCGGCUACCAGGGCAGAGCGGCCCUGAGCGACCACCCCGAGGCAGAAAACUUCCAGGUCAACAUCUCCCAGCUGGAGCUGGGGGAUGCCGGCACCUUCCAGUGUGGCGUGGGGGUCAACGGCAGAGGGCUGUCCCACAGAGUCACCCUCAGUGUUGCUGAAGCCCCUCCCGUUCCUGAGGCAGCUGAGCUCUUCUACGUGAAGCUCCGCAGCACCUGGACCGUGUCCUGCAGCUUUGGGGCGGACACAGCCGACCAGAGGAGAUACCUGUGCAAGGAGGAGAAGGAUGGCUGCAGGAACAUCGUCAACAGCCACCAGCAGAUUGAUCCCGAUUUCCAAGGCAGAGUUCUGCUGACUUUUGAGGAGCCUCCAGGCUCGUUCAGUGUCACCAUGACCCAGAUGGACUGGGAAGACACAGGCCUGUACUACUGUGGGGCUGGUGAAUAUGGGAAGGAAGGAAAAUCGAAGGAACUGGACGUGUUUGUCUAUGAGGACAAGAAUUUCCCUCAGUUAAAGACCACAGUAACUGGAAAAACUGGAAGUUCAGCAACCUUCGAGUGCCUCUAUGAUCCUCUAAAGAAAUCCUCCACGAGGAUCUGGUGCAAGUGGAGAAUCCAGGGAUGUGACAAGAUCAUAGACAACUCUGGGUUCGUGAAGUAUGGCUAUGAAGGAAGAGUGGCCAUGUUUGAGAACCCCGAAAACAAAACUGUCACCAUCAUCCUGAACCAGCUGCAGGCCAAGGACGAAGGCUUUUACUGGUGCAUGUCAAACGAGCUGAAGGAGCAGCAGUCCUCAACAGAACUGAAGGUUGUGAAAGGAGAACCUGCACUGAAUGGAACGAAGGAAGUGGAGGCACGAGUGGGCUCCAGGGUGGAUUUGACCUGCUCCUACCCCUGCCAGUACUACUCCUACGAGAAGUACUGGUGCAGGUGGAACGACACCGGCUGCGCCCUGCUGCCGGCGCAGGAGCAGGGGCUGCCAGGGCCAGCUGCCAGCUGUGACACGGCCAACAGGACAGCUGUGCUGAGCUUUGACCCGCUGCAGGAGGACGAUGCAGGCUGGUACUGGUGUGGGGUGAAGCACAACGGGGUCCUUGGGGAAACCAUGGCCGUGGAGCUGCGGGUGAGCACAGGGAGCGAUGCCAAGCACAGCCCAGAGCUGCUGGAUGUGGAUUCCAGCCCUGAUUCCGGAGCUGCUCCCCCAGGAGGAGCCCUCAGCAACGCUGAGGUGCGGAAAGGAGCUGUCCCAGAAAGUUCCAGCUCUGAUGAAAGCCACGGAUCCAACACUGUGGCCUUAGUGCUGGGCCCUCUUGCUGGCCUGAUCCUGAUUGCUGUGGCAGCUUUUGCCAUCGUCAAAUACAGGCAGCUGAAGAGAUCUGAGCUGGUGUCCGUGGGCAGCUACAGGACGAACAUCAGCAUGUCAGACUUUGAGAACGUGCGGGACCUGAGCGGCUGCAGCGGCGUGAUGGAGAGCCAGGAGACCCCGGUGGGAGGGGACGAGCUGCAGGGAGGAUGCUGAUCUCUCCUACUCCUCCUUCCUGGCCGCCUGUCACCGGCUGAGCCCGGGCAGCCCCGGGGGGGACAGCGCUG